GUGCUGUCACCUUCCCCCCCGGCAAUGGGGAAUGGACUCUCGGACCAGACGCCGAUCCUCUCGAGCCUGCCCUCCUUCCAGAGCUUCCACAUCGUCAUCUUGGGGCUGGACUCCGCCGGCAAGACGACGGUGCUCUACAGGCUGCAGUUCAAUGAGUUCGUCAACACCGUCCCCACGAAAGGAUUUAACACGGAGAAGAUCAAAGUGACGCUGGGCAACUCCAAAACGGUCACUUUCCACUUCUGGGAUGUGGGCGGCCAGGAGAAGCUGCGCCCGCUGUGGAAGUCGUACACCAGGUGCACCGACGGCAUCGUCUUUGUGGUGGACUCCGUCGACGUGGAGAGAAUGGAGGAGGCCAAAACGGAACUUCAUAAGAUUACUAGGAUAUCUGAGAAUCAAGGAGUGCCUGUCCUUAUCGUUGCUAACAAGCAGGACCUGAGGAACUCUCUCUCCCUUUCUGAAAUAGAGAAAAUGUUGGCCAUGAGCGAGCUGAGUUCUUCAACUCCCUGGCAUUUGCAGCCUACCUGUGCAAUCAUUGGAGAUGGACUCAAAGAGGGACUGGAGAAACUACAUGACAUGAUAAUUAAGCGAAGGAAGAUGCUGAGGCAGCAGAAAAAGAAGAGAUGAGUUCUGCUUCGACCUUUCUCUUUUAGAGUAGUUACGUGGUCAAAAUUUGACGUACGACAGCUUCCAAACCCAGGCCUGCUCGUUUGGAUGCCGUUAAGCUUAGUUACAUUAAACAAUCAGUUGCACAACCUUGCCUUGUGGAAGGCUGUGCAGUUAUGGAACUUCUUGUUUUGGUUUGAUUUUUAUGUUGUUUUUUUUUUUACUAGUCUCCUCUGAGUUCUCUGGCUCUGCAUUAUUUCAGAAGCCCUAAUAGAUGAUGUAAUACUAUCAGGAAAUGGAUGGGUGGGUAUAUGUGACAUGGAUGUCUAAAU